GUGAAUUCAAUCACGGCAUCGUUUUCAAUUAUGGGAGAAAUCAAUUGCUCUCCGAUGACUGAGCAGAUCCACGUCAUGGAGCCCGGCGGCGGCCAGCAGAAGCCUCACUUCGUGCUGGUGCCGCUCUUCGCGCAGGGGCACAUGAUCCCCAUGGUCGACCUGGCCUGCCUCCUCGCCGCUCGCGGAGCCCUCGUCACCGUCGUCACUACUCCCUUCAAUUCCACCCGGUUCAAGGCCCUCAUCGACCGCGCCAACGCCUGCGGUCUCCUCAUCCGCCUCGCCGAGCUCCGCUUCCCCGGCGCCGAGGUCGGCCUGCCGGAGGGAUGCGAGAACCUUGACCACAUCAGGACCCACGAAGAGGUGAUCAAGUACUUCCUGGCGCUGAGCAUGAUGGCCGGACCGCUGGUUGCCUGCCUUCGCCAACAGUGGCCCAAGCCGACGUGCCUCGUCUCCGACUCGUGCAAUCCUUGGACGAGGAGCGUUGCGCGGGAGCUGGGCCUGCUCCGCUUCAUUUUUCACGGGCCUUCCUGCUUCUUCCUCCUCUGCAGCCGCAACGUUCACGAAUACGCGUCCUCCGGAGACGUCCCCGGCGACAUGUUCCAGCCCUUCUUCAUCCCCGGCUUGCCUCAGAAAAUAGAGGUGGUCAGAGCCCAGGCUUUGAGGUUUUUCGACUACCCAGGGCGGGAGAAGCUUCAAGAACAGGUAACAGAGGCCGAAGCCACGGCAGAUGGGUUGAUCAUCAACACCUUCCGCGAGCUGGAGGCUCCCUACCUCGACCUCUACCAGAAGGCUCUAGGGAAGACGAUCUGGCCUAUUGGACCAGUGAGCCUCGCCAACAAGGAAGCCGAAUACACAGUCUUGCGCGGCAACAAGACGACUGCUAAUGAAGCGGAGCGGAUUUCCAAUUGGCUCGACGCCAAGGACACGGCGUCCGUCACCUAUGUCAGCUUCGGCACGCUCGCCGCUAAUAGCCCCUCGCACACCUUCGAGAUCGGAACUGGGUUGGAGGCGUCCAACCGGCCGUUCAUUUGGGUGAUCAGGCAGAGGGAUAUGUUGCCGGAGGUGGAGAAGUGGCUGCCGGAGUUGGAGGAGCGAACGAGGUCGCGGGGGCUGAUACUGAAGGGGUGGGCGCCACAGGUGAUGAUCCUGUCGCACCCCUCCGUGGGGGCAUUCCUAACGCACUGCGGCUGGAACUCGACGCUGGAGGCGUUGUCCCUCGGAGUUCCCAUGAUCACAUGGCCACACCUAUCGGACCAGUUUCUUAACGAGAAUUUGGUAGUGAAGGUUCUGCGGACCGGCGUGGCUCUGAAGCCACAAAUGAACACGCGUUUUGUGUCGAGGGAGAGCGAGGGCUUGAUCGCGCGAGAGGACGUGGAGCGGGCGAUAGAGGCGGUGAUGGAUGGAGGAGAGGAGGCGCAGGCGAGAAGACAGAGGGCGAAGCAACUGGCGAUCGAGGCGAAGAAGGCGAUGGAACCAGGCGGCUCGUCUUACGAGAGCUUAACGCUCAUGAUUCAGCAUGUUUUAGAUGAUACUGUUGUUACUGAUGCUUGAGAGAUUAAUAUUGGGCCACAAAUGAUAAGACAUUGUAUUAGUAUCUAUUUUUUUCAAAAAAAUUUAAAAAAUAUAAA